CCCCCCCAUCAGGAGAGACAAAGAUAGAGAGUUGCCCUUUCUCAACGACAAGAUCAAAGUGCAAAAGCAAAAGAAACCGAAGCAGUUGGUUUUCGUGUUUGGUUCUCGGGAAAAUCUGGAAGAAUUCGUCGUGGCUGAAAAGGAAGGAGGAGGAGGAGGAGGAGGAGGAGGGUAAGGGCAUUCUAGUAAUUUUACUUUUCGCCCCCUUAUUCCUCCUCCAUGUUUACAUCUACUCACUUGAAUAUCAGCGGCGGCAACAGCUACAGUACCACCUUCUCCGUCGGCGGCUCUCUUCGGUUCUUGUUAAUGGUCGGGGGCAGCGACGCAGUCUUCCUUUACAGCGGUCUUCACGGCCUUGGCUGGGUUAGGUCUGGUUGCUGUGAUUUUCUAUGGUGCCAGUAGGUGAAAGAAUCUGAUGAAACUUUAGGAAGCGAGAAUAGAGCCGCGAGAAACCCAAGUCAGGCGUAGAUGAUAAUGUUUUUUAUUCCGACUUUGUUCCGUUAAAAAAAAGUGUAAAUAUAGAUGAAUCCCCUAAGGCGAAGCCACCAUUCAUCUUCGAAUUCCUCUCCUUCUUCCUCCUCCUCGUCGUCAUCUUCGUCGUGGAUCCAUUUGCGUUCGGUUCUAUUCGUUGUCACUUCUUCCUCGCCGGCUUCCUCUUGUUCUUCCUCUGAUCGGGGCCGGCAUAAAUCACCAUGGUCACGCAGGAAAAGGAAACAUGUGCUUUCACCUCAGCAGUGGAAAAGCUUGUUUGCGCAAGAUGGGAGAAUCCGUGAUGGUGGAAUUAAAUUUUUGAAAAGAGUUCGCAGUGGAGGUGUUGAUCCUAGUAUUCGAGCAGAAGUUUGGCCAUUCCUACUUGGAGUCUAUGACUUGGAUAGCACCAAAGAAGAAAGAGAUGUCAUAAGAACUGAAAAUAGAAAGCGAUAUGAGAAACUCCGCAGACAAUGCUGGCAGCUCUUAAAGCACCACAAUGGGAGCUUUAAGUUUAAUGAAAUUGAUGGAAUCAGCCAUGGAAGAGAUAGUGGGAGUCUCAUUCAAGGCUCUGGUUCUUCUAGUUCUGAAGAUGCAACCAGUGCUAGGGAGUCUCUUUCUAGUGAGGAAAGGAGCCCAGAGGUUGAAUACUCAGAUGAUCCACCAAGUGCGUUGUUGGAAGAUGAUGUUUCUAAUGUUAUUAAUGCUGAUGCCUGUGCACUGGAUACUGAUUACUUGGAUUCAGACUCAUCUGAUGAACCUGAGGAGAUUCAGACUUCCCCGUCUGUGGAUGAUCAGGAAGAUAAUGAUCCCAAGACAGCAGCCAAGGAAGGUUCUUCUCCUUUUCAGACAAAAGUCUCAUCAAAACUUGUGACUAAUGAGGAUUUUUCCACGUGGCAACGGAUUAUUCGACUUGAUGCUAUACGUGCUAACACAGAAUGGGUACAAUACUUACCCUCUCAAGCUGCAGUAUCAGAAAAUCAGGCAAGAUGUAUUGCUGAGGCUGUUGGUUUGAAAGAUUAUGGUCACCUGGAGCCUUGUGAAAUCUUCCACGCUGCCCGACUAGUUGCCAUACUUGAAGCAUAUGCACUACAUGACCCUGAAAUUGGCUACUGCCAGGGUAUGAGUGAUCUGCUAUCUCCUAUAGUUAGUGUCAUAUUGGACGAUCAUGAAGCUUUCUGGUGUUUUGUUGGUUUCAUGAAGAAGGCACGGCAGAAUUUUAGGCUUGAUGAGGUGGGCAUCAGGAGGCAACUGAACAUUGUUGCAAAAAUUAUCAAAUUUAAGGACUCUCACUUAUAUAGGCACCUGGAGAAACUACAGGCCGAGGAUUGCUUUUUUGUUUAUAGGAUGGUGGUGGUAUUGUUCAGGAGGGAAUUGUCAUUUGAACAGACUCUUUGCCUGUGGGAAGUCAUGUGGGCAGAUCAAGCUGCAAUCAGGGCAGGUAUUGGGAAAUCUUCUUGGAGCAGAAUAAGGCAGCGUGCUCCACCAACAGAUGAUUUAUUGCUUUACGCAAUAGCUGCUUCGGUAUUACAAAGGCGGAAGCUGAUCCUUGAGAAGUAUAGCAGCAUGGACGAGAUCAUUAGGGAAUGUAAUGGCAUGGCUGGACAGCUUGAUGUUUGGAAACUGCUAGAUGAUGCACAUAACUUGGUGGUCACCCUUCAUGACAAAAUAGAGUCGUCAUUCCGAUGACUGCAGUUUAUAACUAAACUUGUUUACAUUCUCCUCCCAAGAUCUCAUCUCUUCGAGACUGCCAAGCGCCAACUAGUCUCCGCUGCACCAAAGACACUUUUAACGCUUGGUUCCUUGGAUGGUGAAGGGAAGUUCCCCCCCCCCCCCCGGGGCGGGGCCUAGCCUGUGUUUUUUCCCCCCCUUUUUUGAACCAAAAAAAAAAGUGACAUCUUUGAAUUCUCUCCUUUUUUUUUAUUUUUUUAUUUUAUAGUUUCUACGAAAUCUAUUUAUUUUUAUUCAGAAACAUGUCUCCUCGUUCUCUGGACCACCAUUGCGAUAAGCAGUGUCAGGGCGCGUUACUAGAGCCGUCUCACUUGUUCCAAAUCCAAUGUCUAUGACUCAUGAGCUCCUGUCUGGAUCGCAUACUA